CUAGUAGUCUGAUUGAGUCCUACGGAUGCAUGUGUGCGGCCGCGUUCUAUAAUUACUAUAAGCAAAAUCUGGAGGAGGGUAUGUACUUAGUUUAUGUCUCUGCAGAGGGCGAGCCGGUGAAAAUGCCUCGAGAGAUAGAAGGAGUGGUUGCUAGAUACCCUGAUCUAUUUGAAGAGCCGAAAGGGGUUGUUGAGAGGGAGGUCGUCUACGCGAUAGAGAUUACCCCGAAGGGUAGGAUCUAUCGGAUGUCUCCAGCGGAGCUUGACGAGCUUCGUCAACAACUCAAGGAACUCAUAGAGAAGGGUUGGAUCCAGCCUAGUGUUUCCCCUUAUAGAUCUCCUGUUUUAUUUGUACCAAAGAAGGGGGGAACCUUGAGGAUGUGCAUUGACUAUAGGGGCCUCAAUGCCAUCACUGUAAAGAGCGCAGAGCCCCUAUCGCGCAUCGAUGACUUGUUGGACCGAGCGCAAGGGUGCCGGUACUUUAGUAAGAUAGAUCUAAAGUCCGGGUACCAUCAAAUUGCAAUACGGCCCGAGGAUCAACACAAAACCGCUUUUGAGACCAGGUACAGUCUGUACGAGUUUGUGGUGAUGCCUUUCGGCCUUUGCAAUGCUCCUGGCACCUUUCAGCACGCCAUGAACCGGAUCUUUCAUUACUACUUGGACAAGUUUGUCAUCGUGUACCUCGAUGACAUACUUAUCUUUAGUAGGACUGUCGAGGGGCAUGUUGGCCAUUUAGACAAAGUCCUUAGCCUCCUUCGGCAGCACCAGUUCAAGAUCAACCGGGGGAAGUGCGAGUUUGGCCGCACUCGGAUCUUGUACCUGGGUCAUGAGAUUUCCGCAGAGGGAUUGAAGCCCGAUGAUGCGAAGGUGGCCAGCAUUCUUGACUCGUCGCGUCCUCGGUCUGUGACUGAGAUGAGGUCCUUCUUAGGGAUGACCGACUACUACUGUAACUUUGUAAAGAACUAUAGCAUAGUGGCCGCCCUUUUGAUGGACCUGACACUCCUUGACACCUCGUGGGAGUGGACAGACAGAUGUGGACUGGAGAAGAAACUUGCCCUCAUCGCCAGCCUGUACAACAACGUUGUGCACAGCGCAACAAGGGUAAGCCCUAACAGUCUGCUACUGACCUUCAAGCCUAGACUGCCCCUAGACUUUCUACUACCUGAGAACCAGCCGACUGCUGCACCUGGCACCUUAGAAUUCGCCUAUCGAUAUGAACACCUGAUGCAGCAAGCUGUAGAGCAGAUGCACAAAGCGCAGGCGGCAAUGAUAGAGUCUGAGAACAAGCAUCGCCACCCAUCUACAUUCCAGGUAGGGGAUAGAGUCUGGGUCAAAACCUCUGAACUGCGGCAGGAGCAUGGGAUCUCCCGCAAGCUCGUGCCACAGUACUUCGGGCCAUGGGAGGUUCUAGAUGUUGUUGGGGAUGAUCUGGACGGGUCAUAUGUAGUUUGGACUCCUGGUCACCUCCGCACAUACCCCGUCUUUCACGCCUCUAAGCUCGCACGUUUCAAGGAAACUGAUCACUUUCCCUCUUGUCGCUCAAUGCUGCCCCCAACCAUGGACGGAGAAGUCGACAUCGACGACGUCGUGGACCAUCGAGAAAUGUCAGUUCCUAGACCAACAGGCAGGGGACGUCCUCCUAAACCGAAGCUGCAAUACCGUGUUCGGUUCAUACAUCACACUGAGCCUAAUGAGGACAGAUGGUUUACCAGGGAGGAACUGAUGCAGACCGCUCCACAGGUUGUCGCUCACUAUGAGAAGUCAUGGAGAAAGGAAAGCACCAGAUUGAGUAUUUGAACUUCUCAGAGGACUGUCGAAGUAUGGAGGAGGGAAUGCGGGGCUCAAGGCCUCGAUGA